AUGGCACAUCCUCUUUCUCCCAAUCCAUUGCAUUUGGAGACGUACGCCAAUGACACUUCUAUGCCAGAAAGCAUCGGAAAACGCGUCGAUCCAAUCUAUUCGAAAACGCUCCAAGCACGAGCUAAAGAACUUUUGAGAACACAGGACGACAGUUUUCCGGGAUCACAGCCUGUCUGCUUUGAAUCAAAGCAUCUUUCCGUACUCGAGAGAGAAGAUUAUUUUGUGUGCGAAAAAACAGACGGUGUUCGUUAUCUUCUUUUCUUUGUUCAUUCCCCAAAGGGGCCAGCUUCCUUUAUGUUUGACCGUCAUCAAACUUGGCAUUAUAUACCCAACCUAGUCUUUCCUGUCCGGAAUAGAGACAAAGAAUAUCUAAAGGAUACAUUAAUGGAUGGUGAACUAGUAGCUGAUAUUGAUGGAGACAAGAAAACCUGGCGAUUCUUGGUAUUUGAUUUGAUGGCCAUUAAUGCAGUUCCAGUCACCCAGCGAUCCUUUAAUACACGACUAGGCAUGCUGCGACAAGAGGUUCUGAUGCCUUUUGACGCCAGUCUACGAAACCUUGAAGAUUCAACAAAACCGCCGUUCACUUUGGAACUUAAGAAAAUGGAACGUGCUUACGGCCUUCAUCUCGUGUUUGGGCAAAUGUCCAAAUUAAAACAUAGUAGUGAUGGGGUUAUCUGGACACCUGUAAAGUGCCCAUACGUACCUGGUACCUGCGAAAAGCUGCUUAAAUGGAAACCACCUGAAUUGACUACGGUGGAUUUUAGGAUCUCCGCACGAUGGAGUAAAGAACACAAACCGAUGUAUGCACUCGAAGUAUUGUCUCACGGAGUCACAUACAAAUUUUAUGACCAUUUCCAACCAGAGCCAGCAUUGGCAGCAGGCUGGAAAAACAGUUUGCCUGAUGGCAGGAUUGGAGAAUUUAGAUUCGACUCCAAUUGGGAAGUUACGAUUGUCGAGCAAGGAUAUGCACCAAAAAUGAGAAAAGGUGGUUGGAGAUUUGUACGUUUUCGGGACGACAAAGAAACAGCCAAUGACGAAAAUGUAGUAAAGAAGAUUCUAUGUAGUAUUCAAGACGGAGUCACACAAAAACAGCUACUUGCACAUAUGGAUCGUGUUAGAGCAGCUUGGAAAGCGCGCGAAAAAGGCUUACCUAUUCCUACAUUCGAAUCGCCCAAAGAUGCUCUUCCACCCCACUCAGCACCCUUAGCUUCGGGAAAUAGUUCCAUAUUACCAUCGCCAUCAGGAUCUAACCCACCCGGUUUCUUCAGAGACGGCUUUAAGGAAGAUGACAUAACCCAAACUCGCCAAAAUUCGAUGGAUGAUGCGAUCCUGAGGCGUGCAUCCGAAGCAAGCUUUCCCACCACGGCAGAGACAGAACGCAGGCCGUCUGACUACUCCAUGACCUCUGCUCCAUCGCCUCAAAAACAGUCAGAUCUUUCUACAUGUGAUACACCUGAAAAUAAUAAACGGGAGGUGAGUUCUACAGAUAAUUCCACUGAUCGUAAACGGCACAAACCAUGGAAAGAAGAAGAUAUGUCUCCACAAAAGUCACCGCUCUGGGCAGAUACAAUCACCGGACCUGUCAAUGCAGCAGAAACCCCGAAUGAUACCGAAUCCCCGAAUGAAGCCGAUGCCCUGACCAGCAAUAACCUUGCUAAUACACCCGCCACCAUUCCAGCCACUACACUCGUCACAGCACCCGCCACUCAUAACUCAAACGCCACUCUCCCUUCUGUUCGGAAAGAUAAGAUAAACCACGCAAUUCGUCUUCCUCACAAAAAGGGGCAAACAAUCAUAGAGCGCCCCGGAGAUGUUCGGAGGCGAAAAGUUUCGACAACUCUUGCCCGAGAUCCUAAAGAACACGUUUAUGUUCAUCAUUCAGAUACCUUACUCGAAUCACCAACUAAGAAUAUCCGGUUGAUGAAGUAA